CGGGGAAGCGGCGUCGCCUGCGACUUGGCCCCGGCAGCGGCGUCCGGCGGCCGUGCCCCCCUGAGCCCGCCCGCCCGCAUCAUGUUCAACGUGGAGAGCCUGGAGCGCGCCGAGCUCGGGGAGAGUUUGCUCACCUGGAUUCAGACAUUUAAUGUUGAAGCACCAUGCCAGACUGUGGAAGAUUUAACGAAUGGGGUUGUGAUGGCCCAGGUGCUUCAAAAGAUAGAUCCAGCAUACUUUGAUGAAAACUGGUUAAACAGAAUCAAAACAGAAGUAGGAGACAAUUGGAGGCUAAAGAUAAGCAAUCUGAAGAAAAUUUUAAAAGGAAUAUUGGAUUACAAUCAUGAGAUUUUAGGGCAGCAGAUUAAUGACUUUACCCUUCCUGAUGUUAACCUGAUUGGAGAGCACUCAGAUGUUGCAGAGCUUGGAAGAAUGCUUCAGCUCAUUUUGGGAUGUGCUGUGAAUUGUGAGCAGAAGCAAGAGUACAUCCAGACCAUCAUGAUGAUGGAGGAGUCUGUUCAACAUGUUGUCAUGACAGCUAUUCAGGAGUUGAUGAGUAAAGAAUCUCCAGUCUCUGUUGGAAAUGAUGCUUACGUUGACCUUGAUCGUCAGUUGAAGAAAACUACAGAAGAAUUAAAUGAAGCUUUAGCAACAAAAGAAGAAAUUGCUCAGAGGUGCCAUGAAUUAGAUAUGCAGGUUGCAGCACUUCAAGAGGAGAAAAGUAGUUUACUAGCUGAGAACCAGAUCUUGAUGGAACGUUUGAACCAAUCUGAUUCUAUAGAAGAUCCCAACAGCCCUGCAGGGCGUAGGCACCUGCAACUGCAGACACAGUUAGAACAGCUCCAGGAGGAAACAUUUAGGCUAGAGGCAGCCAAAGAUGAUUAUCGAAUACGUUGUGAAGAGUUGGAAAAAGAAAUUGCAGAAUUGCGACAGCAGAAUGAAGAGCUAACCACUUUAGCAGAAGAAGCUCAGUCUUUGAAGGAUGAGAUGGAUGUACUUAGGCAUUCCUCUGAUAAAGUGGCUAAGUUAGAAGGCCAGGUAGAGUCAUACAAAAAGAAGCUGGAAGAUCUUGGUGAUCUGCGGCGGCAAGUAAAACUCUUAGAGGAGAAGAACACUAUGUAUAUGCAAAACACUGUAAGCUUGGAGGAAGAACUGAGGAAAGCCCACGCAGCCCGUAGCCAGCUGGAAACAUACAAGAGACAGGUAGUUGAACUACAAAACAGAUUAUCUGAAGAAUCAAAGAAAGCAGAUAAAUUAGAAUUUGAAUACAAAUUGCUGAAAGAAAAAGUAGACAGCCUCCAAAAAGAAAAAGAUAGGUUAAGAACGGAAAGAGAUUCCCUAAAAGAAACUAUCGAAGAGCUUCGAUGCGUACAAGCACAAGAAGGGCAGCUCACCACUUCAGGAUUGAUGCCACUGGGAAGUCAGGAGUCUUCAGACAGUCUAGCAGCAGAAAUUGUUACUCCUGAAAUCAAGGAGAAACUCAUUCGUCUUCAGCAUGAGAACAAGAUGCUGAAGCUUAACCAAGAAGGUUCCGACAAUGAAAAGAUUGCCUUGUUGCAGAGCCUGCUAGAUGAUGCAAAUCUACGGAAGAAUGAACUGGAGACAGAGAACAGGCUGGUAAAUCAGAGACUUCUAGAGGUGCAGUCACAGGUUGAAGAAUUGCAGAAAUCUUUGCAGGAGCAAGGUUCAAAAGCUGAAGAUUCAGUUCUUCUGAAAAAGAAGCUUGAAGAACAUCUGGAGAAGCUGCAUGAGGCUAACAAUGAAAUACAGAGGAAACGAGCUAUUAUUGAAGAUUUGGAACCAAGAUAUAACAACAGUUCACUCAAAAUUGAAGAAUUACAAGAAGCUUUACGGAAAAAAGAAGAAGAAAUGAAGCAAAUGGAGGAACGAUACAAAAAGUAUUUGGAAAAGGCCAAGAGUGUUAUCCGUACUUUAGAUCCUAAACAAAACCAGGGCACAGCUCCUGAGAUUCAGGCUCUGAAAAAUCAACUACAGGAACGGGACCGAAUGUUUCAUUCGUUAGAGAAAGAGUAUGAGAAAACAAAGACUCAAAGAGAGAUGGAGGAGAAAUUUAUUGUGAGUGCCUGGUACAAUAUGGGAAUGACUCUGCAUAAAAAAGCAGCAGAAGAUAGACUGGCUAGUACAGGCUCCGGACAGUCCUUCCUGGCUAGACAAAGGCAAGCCACCAGCACAAGGAGAUCUUACCCUGGUCAUGUCCAACCAGCUACAGCAAGGUAGAGAAGCCUGGCCUUUAGAAAGGAAUCAACCCUGUGAUCCAGGCAUACUUUGUUCCAUGUGACGUUUCAGGAAAUGCAACUAGCAUCCUUUCUCUAUCUUUAUUCCUUGUUACCACUGUUAUUUCUCAUUUCAGGAAGGGGUUUUAUUAUGAUUUCUCAUUGUUUUAAUGCCAUUCAUUCUUAUUUUUUUGGAGUCGUCGUCUUUCUCUCUCUUUAAAUGUGCCAAAAUUUUGAAAACAUCCAGAGGAGUGCUGUAUUAUAAUGGAGUUUUUAAAUUCGUAUGAAGUUGUCAUCUCUUACCUAAUGUCUGACAUAGGCUAUGUAGCAAACAUAAAUUUUCUGUCACAAAUGGUAUACAUGUACCUAUGUGUGUUACUAUCCUUUAUAACUCUUUUCAUUGAAAGGGAAUUAGUCUCCUUUUUACUAUGUAGUAAUCAGUGUUUAACAUUGCUGAAAAUCCUUUAUAGGAAAUGCAAAAUUUAUAGGAAAUGCAAAAUUGCUGCAUAAAAUUGUUAUAAAACAUGUUUCUUGUGGGGGGGGGGGGGGAACACCGCCACCACAGACAAGUGGUAAAUGGAAACUCAGAUGUCACAGAAUGUAGCUACAUCCUGUGACACCUGAUUUGGAAUGUUUACAGAAGAGAAAUGAGUUUCUCCUUUCAUAUGAAGAGGUUCCUCCUGUUCUUGGCAUUUAAUAGGGAAGUAGGAUGAUUUGGAGACCAUUCUUUCAUUCUUUUUCUCUUAAAAGGCUUCAGAUCUGCUUUUAUUUCUCCACUGGUAUCGUCUAUUGUUUGCUGCCACAGUUGAAAUGUUUCAGAUUGUUCUCCCCACUCCGGUUGGUUGGUUAUGUCCAAAAAGAAAAAUCAAGAAAUAUUUGGAGUGCUUUAAUGUGCUACAGCAUCACUGAUUUAAAAGAAGGCAUUUAUUUUAAAGCCUUGUAAUGAUGGACUAACCAUACAUCAAGGAUCAAGGUCCAGCUGAAUAUUGUUGAGGUUAAUGUAUUCAAAUUGUCAUCCACCGCUGAAGGACUUAUCUUAAUAUGCUAAUUAGGAGGAUGAUUAUAUCAAUUGCCUUACUAAUGGUAGCCGUGCACUUAGGCAAGUUUGUUGCUGACUUUAUUGAAAGCUGGCUGUUUGUAGUCUAAUUCUUUUAACACAUACCUGUCCAUAUAUAUGUAGCAUCUUCGCUGCAUCUUCACUUUGAUUGGUAAGACAAGUGAGUGGUUCUCACUGCUGAUAUUAAUUUAGGACAGAUCCCCCAACAAAGUGCUGAGUAUUUCUGAGAGUUCUGAAUGCCCUAAACUCCCAGUAACUUCUUGAAGAGUUGAAGAUGCUCAACACCUAGCACCUCAUAGGAUCAGCCUUUAUGGAUUUACUAGUAGGGCAGCUUCGUGUUUGUGUGUUUUGUGACAUCACCUUCAACAUAAAUCUUGCUCCUAAUAUGGUGUGCAUACAAUCUAGUUUCUAAGUUUAAAUUUUGUACAAUUAUUUUAAUCUCUUGCCCAAUGCAGGACUUUCCUUCCUAUAAAUCCCUUCAAAAGUAGCUCACGUUGGCUUUUUUAAGCAUCCCAAGGUAUAUUUUAAUCUAACCUUUUGGGUUAAAAUGGUCAAAGGACUCUGAAGGAUCAGUACACAUGGAUUCAAAGACAGUGACAUUUGUAAGUGCUGUUUAUUCCAGAGCACAUCCAACUGUUCAUACCUAAUCCAUGUUAAAAAUAGCCAUUAAAUAUGUUGAAAGCAUUUAUUUUGACCCUGAUUGUCCCAGCAAUACAAAGAACAUCUUCUGAAGUCCAUGAGCAAAAUGUGUUUUCUUUUAUUCCAAAGACAUAGAAAUAACUGUUUAGUAGUGUUAUAUGUAGAGUAGUGAUUAAAAAGACUUCAUAGCUGUUGUCUGCCCUCUGUACUGUGCCUAAAAUUAGGUUAAGUAAGAAAAAUAUCUCCUGUAGUAUGUAUAAAGCUAACAAUGUAAAGGCAGUUCAGGCAUAAACUGAUGUUUGCCUUCCUGUAUUUUGUUGAGAAACAAAAUGCUAAAGCGACAAGUUUCAUAAGCACCAUCUAGCAAUAUGAUUAUCCAGACACAUCUUUUGUGGAGUUCAGACUGGUCACUCUAGGAACCUUUGUGUGUACUGUGUGUGUAAGGGAGCAAGAGUUAGUCAGUCUCCUUGAAUAAGUAUUUACAGCAUUUUUCAGCCCCUAGGAAGGAACCCAAGAAUAUUUAAGGCUUUAUUUUUAUUUUUGUCUGUCAGGCUCUUCCUUUGCACCACCAUCUGCCAAAAUCUACUUGUGAAUGAAGGGGAUUCCCAGAUUGUAAUGGGGAGGCUCUGUCUCCAAGUUACUAAGUCAGGUUAAGAUUACUGUUAAUUAGAUGGGUAUCCGGAAGAAACUCCGAUACAAUUUCCAUCCUAAAAUUAAACAACUUGCUUUUCUCUCUCUCUCUCUCUUUCUUUUCUGGCUCCUUCUCCCCCUCUUUGUUGCCACUGGGUUUUUGUCUCACGUUCCUCAGGUCUCCUUUUUUUAUUUUUUUUAUUUUGGCCUUUCUCUUCCUUUUCCCCACAAGAUCAGACACUAUCUGAGGUGCCUCCCAUAGUUCUGUCUGAGUGAAAUCUGUACUAUCCUGUUGAGUCGUAUGCUGCUUUUACAGAGGACACUGUGUAGAUAGGAAACGCAGAGACUAACACUGAGUCUAUAUUUUGCUGCUGUUGUGGAUAAUUAUAAGUUUAUAUGAAAACUGCCAUCACUAUUCCUAAUACCAUAAAUUGGUACUAAAUAAAGUAUACAUACCAUACUGCCCUGCUCACCUAAAAACGUUACUUCCCUGAUGGGAGAACUAAUUUGCAUUCCUGCAAAAGGUAAACAGCCCUUCUUGGCAGCAGCAUUUUUAGCUGAUUAUGACAGAAGAGCUGAGUAGUCCAUACGAGCCCUUUCUGGGGUUCCUAACAACUGUGGCAAUGUCAGGCAGGCACCUUCUUUCUGUAAGCUUUGUAUUAAAUAAAAUAAAAGCAAACGGUCUGAUGCACAAGCAAGUCCACAGGAUUCCAGACUGAGACUACUACUUUACAGUGCUGUCAAGCAGUUGGAACUUAACUUCUUUUAUAUUCAAGGACAUGUGUGGAUUCAAGCUUGUAAAGUGCCAUGCAUGUGAUACUAGAUACAUAAUAAAGAAGAAUAUUAACAGUCCAAUUUUUUCCUAAUAAUACUUAGCACUUGUGUAAUGCUUUACAUUUUUGAAAGUGCUAUAUAAACAGUAACAAACUGAUUGUAAAAUUAACUUUUAGCUAAAGUGUAGCACAAAAGAGAAGUCUCAUAUAGAAAUACACAUUUAUAAACAUUUUAAAAUGAAAAUAACACAAAUAGGAAAUUGCCAAUUAUUUUUUCACUGUAUCCUUCUUGAUAUUAAGCAAAUGAGAAUCCUUUGCAAUACUAGUGUCACCAGUAGAUGACUAAAAUAAUUUCUACAUUCACUUCAACAAAAAUUGCUAGUGGUUUUCUAGUCCAAUGGGUUCUAUUAGAAUAUUAGGGACCUUAAGGAGAUCAUCUAGUUUAACCCCCUGCUCAAAGCAGGACCAAUCCCCAAAUGGUCCCCUCAGGGAUUGAGCUGUCAACCCUGGGUUUAGCAGGUCAAUGCUCAAACCACUGAGCUAUUAAUAGCAACUUUACAUUCUUUUGUGUAUCGAAGGGUGAAUUUUUAAAAUCCUGUUUAGAACUACUCUGCCUGCCCUUUCUAGUAUCUCCUUAACAUGGAGUGACUAAGAUGCAUUCAAAUGAUUUCCGCAUUUCCAAUAUUAGUCUACAUCAGAUUGUCCACUUGGCAGCUUCCUGCUUGAUUUGUAAUGGUUCUUUUUUAAUGGCUUUGAUGCUUUGGCAUAGAUGUAGUAGUUAGAUUAUACUUUCUCACCACUCCCUUUAGACAGUGACUCUGAGGAAGAAUACCCUGAAUGUGUCUUUCCAAUUUUUCACUUUCUAUGAAACACACUGAAAACAGCACCUGGAUCUGAUGCCUUUGAUUGAGCAUUUUUCUCUUUACUUUUACUCUUGGAGAGGAUUGGGAGGAAAAUCUUUUUUGCACUCAUAGGUCCAAAUACUUAAAUCUGACUUCAAGUAGGUUUGCAUGGGUGUAAAUUGAAUUGAAUUUUGCCUUUUAUGUUUUACAAUAAGUCUGUCAUUAAAAUAAUUAGGUAUCCCCAAAAUUAUUAUAUAUGAGGACUUAGGCAGUCACAUACCUAUGGUGUCAUCUACAGCAGUGGUUCUCAACCAGGGGUCCGGGGCCCCUUGAGCCCCCAAGCAGGGCCAGCAUUAGACUCACUGGGCCCACAGUAGAAAGUCCUGCUCACCUAAGACCAGGGCCCUGAGCUCUGCCACCCAGGGCUGAAGCCUGAGCAAUGUAGUUUCGUGGGAGACCCUGUGGCAUGGGGCCCCAGGCAAUUGCCCUGCUCACCCCCUAAUUCCAAACCUGCCUUUUAUAUGCAGAAAAACAGUUACUGUGACACAGGUGGGCCAUGGGGAGCAUCACAAAGAAAAAGGUUGAGAGCCCUGAUCUACAGUGUUUCAGAGAACUAGACUACUCUUGGUGAAGCCUCUUCUCAGCAAGAUCUAAAAUGAGCUCACUUGCACUUGAUAGCAAAAUGACUUUCAACAACCCUUCCUUAAAAUUAUUGCACUGGCUGAAGCUUGCAUGUGAUUUUUCACUUUAAACUGAAAAGGUGAAUCUAAUGGUCAUGAGACUGAGGAAUUAGAUUAAUGAUGGCUUGAGCCAAGUUGAUCCUAGUUAAGACUUGCCCACUUCACUGUUGGGAAUAAAAUCACUUCUCCUGCCUACCUGCCUUUUCUCAUUAAAAAUAGAUAUAGUUUGGCACAAUCUGGUGUGCCUGGAUAUGUGAGCCCAUCACAUCUCAACAGGCAAAUCCUGACUGAGCCAGAAACACCUCGACCUCAUGUCUACUAACGACACUAAGCCCCUAAAACAAGCAACAAGUGUUGGAAUAUAUAGGCCAGUGGCUGCCACUUUCAGGGAAUUGGAAGGCUUCUCAGCAAUUUUAUUUCAGAUCCUAGUUGGGUGUUGUGGGUCCUUGGCAAUGGAGCUCCUCAAGCAUGAGCAGUUGACAUUUCUUCCCUGUAUGGAACUCAGGAAGGCAUUUGAAGCUUGUUAGUGACUCUGCAGCCAAUACUAGGUGAAAAUAAGAGGAUUUUUUUCCUCAGCUGAAAAAAGAAGGAAGAUACAAGCAUCUGUUCGAAGGUAUAAAACUCCAAGGAGCAGUGUGUUUUUCUUUGUAAGAUUUUCACUGCAAUUUGUGCACCAUAUGAAGUAGAAUACUGAACACCUGGGCUGCUGGCACUGAUUUAAGUUUUUGACUUACAGCUGACUAAAGAAGAAACUCUAGAAAAGGGCUUUUUUCCCAUGAGAGUAAGAUUGUCUUUUUCAGCCAUGCCAACCUCAGAUUUUUCCCAUUUGGCGUGAUAGAUCUCUGGAGAUUCACUCUGCAACCAGCACCAUACCUGAAGAAUUUGAAUGCUUCUCUUGUGUUUCCAUUCAUGACUUUAAUGUUUUCACUGGAGAUUGAGACAUGAGAGUCAUUUUAAAAAUUAUCCAGUCAUUGAUUUGAACAGAUGGUGACAUUUAACAAAUAACAGUAGCCUAGAAAGCCCUCAAAAACUCUGCUAAAAGCCGUAUGCAUUGUUUCCCAAACUGCACGAUCCUAUGGGACACCAAAUUAACACCUAACAGUGGAUUCAAGGCAAUCUAAUGGUUUGAUAUGAAAAACAGCUGACGGAUCAGAAACCAUUCAUGACAAAUGCUCUACAGUCUAGGAGAGAGGCUGACCCUUUUGAAAUGUAGGGGCAUUUUGCCACUGAUCUCGGUGGGGCCAGGUUUUCACUCCCCAUUUGAAGAGACUAGCUGAGAUAAUGGGGUUGCUCUAAAGUGGUUCUGAGCAUUGGUAGGUGCUAAUGGAGAAUUAGAGAUUGUCUCUGCUGCUGUUCAUUGUGUAUAUGAAGCCACUUCGAGAACUGACAAAAGGAAGCAUACCCUGAUACCACAAUUUAAAGUAAACCCCCAUCUCAUGAGAUCACAGGAAUUCUCUCCCAGUGCAGUUCUGUUGCCUCAGAUUUCAAAGUGGGUUUGAGACAGCUGGUUGAAGCACUGUCCAGACAAAAUGAAAGUGUUACUUAUAGAGGAAGAGCUGGGGCAACCGGGAAAUCAUUCGGAUUUGGUUGCAGCCUUAUUUACUGCUAGGUGCUGGCGUGUUUUGUAGUUAGGCAUGGGAACAUUUUUUGAACAGAAGCUGAAGGUUACAGUUAGGGAGAAAUAGCUAUUUUCAUCUUCAAAAAGUGGAAGUUUCAGCCUUUUCUUCCAGCUGUGGAUCCUCAUGACAAUUAUCUUUGCUUUUGUGGUGCCAGUUUUAGGGCCACCAUUAAAAACGCACUUAUAGAGUGCAGCUACUUCAAAACUCAGGUGAUCUCUCCCUGGAGGAAUCAGUGCUGCCCACAGUUCAGAAACUGCUUAUUAUUCAGCCUCUAUGCUUCCAUGUCUUGCUAAUUUAUCAGCAUUAUGAAAAACCUGUCCUACACUGUCACUGUUAUAAAAUGGCAUGGUAACAAAAAUGCCAAAGAUCUGAAUUGCUGUGACAGAAAUAAUUACACAGGGAGCUAGUAAUAGAAAAGAUGAGUAAACUAAACGUGGCACUCAUCUUACAAAAGAAAGCAAGCUCUUGCCUAACAAUUGCUAUCCUGCAAGUGUAACUUGAAUGCCUCUAAUGGCAUAAAUUUUAAGAGAACAAAGCGCUGAGAUCAUAGUAGCUCCGUGAUCAAUAAGCAAGCAUGGUUUAAAAGAUAUAAUCACAAAGAAACCAGAUAAUGUAUUUAUGGAAUUACAAUAUUAUUAGAUGCAAGGAAAGCAACAGAAUUUCAAUUUAAUUUAACUAGACUUUAGUAAAACAUUUUAUAUAGAUUUUCAUGAACUCUUAACUAAACAAUUAAUUGGCUUUUGUGUAUGAGCACUGUCUUUUUAAGCCUAAAACUGAGGGGCUAGUAAGCAAAGAGAAAUGGAUCACUGUAUUUCUGGAUGAGGGCGGGGGCUGUCCAGUAGAGUUUUAUUGGGAUUGGGGUUAUGCCUGCUUUCAUUUAUCAACUUCAGUGAGAACCUGGGAUGAGAAGUGAAGAACGUGGUGAGGCAGAAUAUUUAUAAAGUGAUCAAGUAUCUCAAGAUCCUUAGAUUGAAGGAGCUAUAUAAAUGCAAAGUAUUAUUAAUACAUUUGUAGAGAACCAAAUGUGGGGAAGUGUUGGAAACACCAGUGGGGAAGGAAAAACCAUUAGAAGUAGGAACAAGGAAGAUAAUGAAAUGGGAUUCAACAUGGAAACAUGCAAGCUAAUAAAUCUAGAGAAAAUAUAUCCAAAGCACAUACUCACUGGAUGCAAAUCCUUGGGAAAGGCAUAGUGUAGGAGUGAUGGAUGACAAAUUGCAAUGGGACACAGAAGCCAAAAGGGAGAGUAUGCCAUCAAUGCUUCCCAGUUGACACUGCAACCUUUAGUGUCCUCAGCUCUGACAUCAUUCUGAAAAAUAACAUUAUUUUAGCCGUAAAUAGUUCAUCCCACCCACAGAGGAUUUAUCAGAUUUUCGGUGGGCUCUGACCAUUUCCAAUACAGAGUUCUACCCUUUGGAAUAGCCACGACCCCCAGAGUCUUUACCAAGGUUUUGUCCAUGGUAGUAGCUCACGUCAGAUAUUAUGGCCUCCUUGUCUUCCCUUACGUUGAUGACUGAUGCCUCGCUGUCAAAUCUUGCCAUGAAGCCUUUGUCAAUCUCUAUGAUGAUCCAUCUCCUUUUCUCACUGGGGGUCAGUGUGAAUAUUGAAAAAUCUGUUCUUACCCCUGCGCAAACUUUGAAUUUCAUCAGGGCAACCUUGAAUUCUCACUACAAAGGCGUAGUUGCCCACAAACAGAUUCCAGACCAUGAAUGAUAUCAUAGUUCAUGUCACGAGCAGCUCUGGGGUAAAGGUCAAAACAUGUUAGUCCCUCCUUGGCCAUGUGGCCUCAUGCAACUUCGUCACUCCAUUUGCAAGACUACGCCUUCAUUGCCUUCAGGAAUGGCUACAGUCGGUUUGAUCCCCAAGCCACCAUUCCUUGAACCUCAUGCUGACCAUUCCCAUCAAGGUGCUGUCUUCCCUCCUGUGAUGGACAAAUCCUCAUCACAUAUAUGUAGAGGUUCCCUUUCUCCCCUCGCCACCAGACAAGACAGUCAUUAUGGAUGCAUCUCUACAUAUGGGCAACCACACGACACAGGGAAUGUGGACCUCUCGAAAGUCCAGAAUGAACAUCAAUGUCCUGGAACUAUGGGUGGCACGGAAGGUGUGCGAGUCCCUUUUUCCUUUCAUCCACUUUCACAAUGUGCUCAUAAUGUAGACAAAACUACAGUGGUCUUCUACAUCAGCAAACAAGCGAGAUCUGCCUCCCUGUGUACAGAAGCAAUCAAUCUCUGGAACUGGUGCAGCAAGAAUCAGAUCACCCUAUCUGCAGCCUACCUUUUGGGGAUGCAAAAUGUGCUCACAGACUCCCUCAGCAGACACUUUACAAUCGACCAUGAGUGAGAACUUCAUGACACUGUGCUUCACAACAUUUUCACGCAAUGGGGGACCCCAACCAGGAAUCUGUUCACUUCCCAGGUCAACAACAAGUGUGUCACAUAUUGUUCCAGAGGACCCCUCAGUUACCACUCCUUUCCUGGUCAUACCAGUUCAACUAUGCCUUCCUCCUGCUACCACUUCUGCCACGAAUGCUACUCAAGAACAGACAGGACAGGGCAACAGUUAUCCUGAUCGCCCCUUUCUGGCCCAGACAGUUUGGUUCCCCAACCUCCUGUGCCUGUUGCUCACCCCCUCCCUAUUUCCUCUCCCAAUAUUCCCUGUGCUCCUGGGCCAGUGCAAUGGCAGGAUCAGACACUCCAACCCACUAAAGUUCACCUCAGGGCAUGGUAUUUGGAUGGACGUCAGCCCUAGAAUGGGUGUGCUCCUCGGCCAUGCUAGACAUUCUCUCUUAUAGCAGAAAGAACUCAACUAGGAAAUUUUACCAAUCUACUGGAAGUGCUUCUCAUCCUGGACACAGCAUUCUACCAAAAACUAUGGGUAUUCCGCUCAUCCUAGACUAUAUCUUAUCUUUAAAGACAUCAGGCCUGUCCCUCAGUUCCAUGCAAGUCCACUUGGCAGCUGUUAGUGUGUUACAUCCCCCUAUAGAGGGCAACUCUAUUUUCACACACUCGCUAACCACUUAAUUCUGGAAAGGCCUGAUGAGGACUUUCCCACCCCCAUUGGAUGUAACCUCCAGUUACAGGUAUGUAACCACUUCGUCCUCAACUGCUGGAAAUCAUCAUCGCUCCUUCCUAGCUGGAACAAGGACACUUUCCAGCAGCUAAUUAUAUGCCCUUAUAGCUUGGAUUUCUCCGGUCUUCUAAAACGGUGCUGCAAAAACAAGCUGCUGUUAAAAUGAUUGAAAAGUUCCCUGCUGUUGAAAUGUUUUCGAGAAGAAGUUGUUGAAGAAGAAGAAGCAGAUUCUUGUCUAGUAAUAAAACAUGCGCUGUUCUAGCCAGAAGGGCAAUGGCAUCUCUCCCUCUGUAGGACCAUAGCGUAUUCUAUAACGUUCUUGGCCAGACUCCCACAAACACCUUGAAGAGUACAUUGUUGUCUCCAUUCUGCUAAUGUGCAUUAGCUGUGUACCUCUAUAUUUCACUUUGUCCUGUUGGACAAGCAGAUUGGCACUAUCUCACAUUCUGAUGAGAGUAAAAAACAGGAUUUUCCAUUUAAAGAAGCAAACUCUGAUCUCAGCUUUAACAUUUUAACUUUUUAUGGCAUUACUAAAAUUAAUUGUUCAUUUUAUUAUUUCCAAUCAUCCACACCCCAGUGCGCAUGCUCGUUUAGCAGUGCUUGAGUGGAUAACAAUGCACCUCAUCCAAGGGAUGUGUUAUUCAAAACACACUUUAUUAGGAUUCUGCUUUGAAUGUGUUCAUUUAAUGCAUUCUUGAUUUUAUUUCACUUGAUUUGUUACAGUCUGUUCUCUCUGUUGUGUUCACUUUCCAACUCUCCUAAAUAAAAAGUAUUCUGGUUAGGAGGAAACAGGUGAGAAGAGAGGCGCACAGUAAGGUCAUUUUGUUGUUACAGAAAUUUGAAAGAGUACACUUGUAUAAUGUGCAGCAACUUGAGUUACUGUAUUCUUUUGGCUUCCGCAGAAUUAAAUCAUCAGCUACAGGACUUGUGCUGUAGUUAUAACUUUCGAAAGAAAUGUCUUAACAUUUAGUCAUACAAAUAUUUUCUCUAAUAAAUUCAAUCCAGAUUUUCCUGCCACAAAAAGCAUUAUUAGAAUCAGCUACUGAUCAGGGCAAUUCUUAGAAGGGAAAAAACAAAUUCACAGAGCAUGUCUUCUAUCAGAUGAGAGCAUUUGCUGUUUACAUUGUGCUGGAAUUAUUGAAAAUCAGAAUGAGCGGGCACUAGAAAGAAGUCUCUUUCCUAUUCUGCAUAUUUCUGUAGUAAUAGCUAAAAUUUGCUUUUGAUCAAAAACUUAUUUUACAUCAAAUGGUUAAAGCUUGUUUAAUGUAAAACGAAUGUGACGGGAUGUGCUUGUUAGGCAUCAAACACAGGCUUGCUUUGGUGCAGUUAAUCAAAAACUAAUGCUUAAUCAUCAGUGUUUUUAUCUUGUAACUCUAUGUGGAAUUUCUCACAGAUGAGAAUGGAAAUUAUAACUCCAUUGCCUUUUUCAAUGGUUAAAACAUAUGAUGUGACAGAGGCACCUUUUUACUUCUGGAAACAGUUUUUUUUACUGACUGUGAUGACAGGCAGCAAGAAUGAAUGAAAGUUGUGGAGGCCAAUUUCAUAACUAUUCCUUGCCUCGGCAGACAGAUGCCAAGCUCAUUCUGCACUAAGGUGUUGGGUAGAGCCACUUGGGUGCAGAUCCCCAAAGGUAUUUAUUGAUUUGAAUUAGGUGCCUAAAUGCCUUUGGGGAUCUGAGCCUUGCUCUGUUACUAGGAGUUGUACAAGACUCCCUUUUAGGAUGUCUAAACCAGUGAUGCCAAAUUCAGAUAUUUUUGGAGGGGGGGAAGGGUGCAAUUCCAGCCCCACCCCAGCAGUGACCCUGUUCCAGUCACUGCUUGUCUCUUCACCCCACCCCACCCCAAGUCUUCCUCAGCUGCAGAGUAUCCCCUCUCUCUUACCCACACUGUGCAUAAGCCUGUGCUGCCAGUACUCGCUUUCUCAACAGAUUCCCUUAAACUCCCACCCCAUGUGCCAAGGCCCAGUCACCUCUGUCUGUGUGGAGUCGCAGCCUGGUAGCGCUGGCACCAUGCAGUUGGAGUGAUGCUCUGGACCACUCUGGCAGCAGUCGUACUGUUCUAGCAUAGGACCACUGCUUAAAAGUGGGCAGGCCACAGCCAUCCCCAGCUCCAUGGCCUGUGGAUUGUUGACCAAAUGCAAAAAGCUUGGGGGGAAGGCUAGGGACAAACACCUCUCCUCCUAGUCCCCCCAUCCCAGGUGACAGCGCUGGUCUAAACCAAGACUAGCUUUUGUUCUUCCAUUCAGCUGUUAGCACAUUACACAAAUUGUGAAUGCUUUUAGUCACCUCAAUAAAAUAACAGUUGAAGCCCCUUGACCUCGCUGAACUAAACUUGACACAGCUUUACUAAACUGCUUAGAAAAUACAUGUUCUGUUUUCAUUUUUAACAGUAAUGAAAUGUUGGCUUCUUUUUAACUUUCUUCUUUAUUUUUUUUUA